AUGCCAACGUCCCAGAUGUUCCCUGCCACACUCACCAGUCUGUUCAUCUCUGGAGAAACAUUUACACAUUCCCUGGACAACGUGCUCCCUGCAUCCAUCACCUUUUUGGACCUGAGCCAAGCCUACGCUUGGAAUCUGCCCAUCAAGGCUGCGGCAAUGCCUCCACGCCUCAAGUUCCUAAUACUUGGCGAGGGCUUUGAACAGGGCUUUGAAGACGACAAUCGACAUCCUUGGCCACGUGGAAUAACAAUCAAUUUAAAGCUGACCAAGUUCAACCAUCCUGUGAUUCCCAAUGCACAGGACUUAACACUCUACCUCCCAUUGACAUUCAAUCAAGAGUGGAUCCAGUGUCCAAACAUUCAAACACUUUACUUGAAUAUGGCCACUCCAAGAUUCCACUCUGACAUCGUUUGUACCACACUUAAACGGUUGGUGCUGUCAGACAUGAAGGCCCACGCGCUCAUGUUCAUCACACAAUCCAGGUUCCCAAUAUUGGAGUCCAUUGAGAUUAUAAGACUGGUCAGUGAGGAUCAACAACAUGGCGACCUCAUCAGUCUGGAGAUUGCAUCAAUGCCAUUAACAUUGAAUGCCAUGGUCAUUGGCGUCAAAUCUCCAUCACAAGUGACAUUCACAUCAUUUCCCCAAGGUGUUGUCCGGCUCACUAUCGACUGCGAAUACUUUAGAUUGUCCAAAGGGUUGAUACCAUCAUCCGUCAACAAACUCAAUCUGAUCAACUAUAAUCAUCAUGUCCAUGCUGAUGUCCUCCCGCACGCACUCACCUCACUCGACAUGGAUAAUGAUAAGUUUGAUCCAUCAACAUUGCCCAACACACUCAAGUCGUUGUCAUACUACCUCAAUGCAGAUGACCUUAGUAAGAGUGAUGUAUACAACUCCAUAUCAAAUGUCAUCGACAAUAUGCCAAUGUCCAUUACCAAGUUAUGUGUUGCUUUAUUUGGUAGCCCAUAUCGGGUCAGGCGAAUAUCCAACACAAUGUUCUUCUACAUACCCAAGUUCAGUCUACAAAGCUGUUUCUUCAUCAGCAAAGAUUCACUUUGUCAAUUCAUAUCAUCAAACAUAUAA